AUGGCGGAAAAAGAAAAGAACGAAUCUCACCCUCCAACAUACUUCCUAACGGAAGAUAUAGUGAUCGACAUUCUCCUCAGAUUACCAGUCGCUUCAUGUAUUUUCCAGUACCGCUGCGUCUGCAAAUCAUGGCGGAGUCUCCUCUCAGAUCCCCAAUUCAUCCGCAAGAUCCUCUUCUUCCGAAACCUCGCCGACAGACGAUCCCUCCAAAUUAUCAUCGCCGGAGGAGAUCUCGAUGCGAACAGCCUCAACAAAAAAUUCCACUACUCCUUGCAUUCAUACGACACACUCCGCCCCGUUUCCGCCGUAGGCCGAGAAUUUCCCUCCAUCCCCGACAAAAUUCACAAUCCUUGGUCCCGCCUGACCGUCAUCGGCGGUUGCGACGGCCUACGCUGCAUCUCCGACGAAAAUGGGUGCGGCGCCAGCGAAAUCAUUAUGUGGAAUCCGACGACCUCAGAGACCAAGUUCCUCCCACGUUCCACUUGUCCUCCCGCUCCCGACGGAAUGUAUAACUACGGCCAGUCCAUCGGUAUCGGUUUCGAUCCCUUGACCCGGGACUACAAGGUUGUCAGUGAUAGAGAUAAUAUAUCUCCCUGA